AGUAUUUGCAGACAGUAACUUGUGUCUAAAAUCUUUUCCUUUUUCUUUUGGGCAAAAUUAAAUAUUGUUUAUGUAUGUUUUUCUUCCAAGUUUUAUAUUCAUAAUGAAUGUGCCUCAACCCCUCCCACCGUUAAAAACAAAAACCACCCCUAUCUGUUCAUCCUAUUCUGGAGGGAAUGUCCCUCCACUUGUGAUGCAUGCGGUGAGGAGGAUGGUCAUGCUCGCUAUUUAUGUCUUACAUGCAAUCUCAUGGUCCAUCAGAAAUGCAUUUCCCUACCACAAACCAUCAAAAUCUCAGUGCAUGAUCAUCGAAUUUGCCACACCUAUUUCAGUGGAGAAAAGGAGUCUGAAAAGAGGAAAUGCAGAAUUUGUUGCAAACAAGUCAAGGCAGAGUACAGAGUUACUACGGUUUGGAUUUGGAUUGCAAUUACAUUUUUCAUGCGCAUUGUGCAACAAAAAGAGACUAUACUGUAAUUGAGUUAGAAAAUGAGGCUUCUUCCUCUUGUUGUGUUGUGCUAGGAGAGAACAUAAAGCAUCUCAGUCAUAAGCAUGAAUUAGUGUUUAGUGAGGAGAUUAUGGAUGAAAAAUGUUGUGAUGGUGCCUGGGGUGAAGGUUGUUGUGAUGUUCAAUACAGAUGUAGGGAAGAGGGUUGCAAUUUCUUCUUGUGCUGUAGAUUUCUUACACGACCUCUUAGAGUUCAACAUAAGUUUGAUGAACACCCUCUGAAGCUCACUCAUGAAGAUCCUAACAAGGACGACGAUCCUAUUCAACAUAUCUGUUGGAUCUGUGAAGAUGGGAGAGAUCCACAGCAUUGGUUUUAUCAUUGUGAUGAGUGCGAGUACGACUUUGAUGCUCAUCCCGAAUGUGUUCUUGGAGAAUACCCAUUUCUUAAGCGUGGGAGCUUCUACACACAUAUUGCGAUAUUUAUCAUCCACACCCUCUCAUAUUUUUCCAAUGUGAGAAAUAUCCCUACCCCAAAUGUGAUAAAUGUGCUGAGCCUUGUAAAGAUCUAGCUAUUAAAUGUACCAAGUCUAA